UUUUCUUCUUCACUUCGUAUACCUUAUUUUUCAUAUUUCUUGUAUCUUGACUUGUUUUGCCCGGAGUGGCGGUAAUAAAGUUUUACAUUCUCCAUUUGCGACUGGUAUCGCCCUUAUAAGGUAGUUUUACGAAUAUGGCAGCAAUUGUUACGACUCGACGGGGUAGAAGGUGUACGGCAGUGCCAAAAAACCUAAAGGCCGCCGCCGUCGCUACUCAAGCCGCCGAAGCCGAAACCUCAUCCUCGGAAUCUUCUUCUUCCUCAUCUUCAUCUUCAUCUUCAUCUUCAUCUUUGACCUCCUUCUCAACUUCGACUACGGCCCCAUUGCCAACCUCACCGUCUUCUACUUCCGUCUCAACUACGAACCAAUUACCACCAGUAAAUGCAGUUGCGCCAGCCCCUUCAACUACCGUCCCAGGAGACAUAGUGACCCCUACGACUUCCGCCAGCUCUCCUCCUAUUUCGACGACGGACCCAAACACUUCAACUCUACCUACAGAGCUGUUCCCUAGUUCUGCCGAUGGCUCACAGCUCACUUCAGCCCUUCUCACUGCCACUGCCCCCUCUCCAUCCCCUACCUCAGUAGAAACUUCGGCACUGAGUUCAGAUGGGCCUACAGGCGAUUCCACAACAGCGCAGUUGUCCGCGAGCGAAACGAUUGCAUUGGAUACAUCAACCGGCUCGGCUGAAAGCGUCGCUUUGCUGACAACUGAAAAUGUACCGCCCACCGGUACCUCUAUUGGAACACAGGCAAGUGAAAUGACCCAGGCAGGCAACAAGGCAGUAACUGGCAAUACCAUCACCACGGGGCAAACGAUAGGAAUAGCGGUAGGAGCAGUCGGAGGAGUAGUGGUCAUCACGCUUAUAGCUUUCAUGAUCUGGAUUUGGCGGAAGAGGAAGACGCAAGAUCGGAGGAGUACCUUAUUGACACCGCUAUCUCCGGGUGCCACUUUUGGUGGCGCUGAGAAAGGCCCCUAUCUUAUUGAUCGUAGCUCCCUGGGGCCAACACCGUUUCCAGUAAAGGCGUGGACGAUUAUUGGCGCAAGAAUUAGGAGGUUACGAGGGCGUGUAACCGAUAUCGUCGCCCGUAGUACCAGCCCUAGUCCGAGCGUUAACCUCGACCGAGGAAACUCGCAAUUUGGCGUACCCGACACCGAACGCAACCAAGCCGCUGCUCCUAGCGGAGGGCCUUCGAAUGAAAAGGGGCAAUUCGUGGACUGGUGGGGUCGACUGGAUGAAGAUAGAGAUCUCAACUGGCGACUGCGUCACGAUUCGGGAAUGAGCAAUGGCCCCUUUGCUCCUACAAACUCCGCGAAGGAAACCAACGGCUCCGCAGCGAACAUGCAACCUAACUCCGCCUCCAAUAUGAGCUCAGGAAAGAAUGCGAUUGGCGCAGCGGCAACACGAAGGCCACAUAGCCGGAGCAGCAACCACCGUCGCUCAAUCUCUAUAGGCAACGAGCAGCAUUUCCUCGGCGGCCUUGGGCUGGAUUUCGCGAUGGCCGAUCCCUUUUCCGACGCGAAUGCCGUGAACAACAGUACCACCAAGGCAAAGCCCUCGGCAGCUUCCGCAGCAAGGAACCCGUUCUCAGACGCGAACGCUAUUAGAGGCCCAGUAACGAAUACGGUUAAUGGCGGCCUCGCAACUUAUGUGCACGAUGUCCGGCGCUCCCGUGAAAACAGCAUGGCCGGUGGCAUCAGCCGCAUGACCAGCAAUGCCAGCAGCCGUCGUGAGUCUAGCGCGAGCGUAUAUACAAUUGGUCCACGACGUAACAAGUUCCGGUCCGAUCCAUUCGAUCUAGACCGCCCUUUUCUCCACUCCGCAUCCUCCAGCAUGCCCGGCGACAACAGGGGCGCUAAUGGAGCUGGCAAACCUAACGGUAGAGCGCCGAACGCACCGCAACCAGCACACGUGAGGAACCCAAGCUUCAGUUCGAAAUACUCGAGCGGUGUUAGUAGCAUAGGCGGGUGGAGCGAUCCGGGCCCGGACGUCGGCCCCGCGGCCGCGAGAUAUACGCCGACCCCGGAUAUGGAACGAGGACGACCAGACUCCACUGGUAGGAGGAGGAGCGGCUCUAGCCAUGGGAGCGUCGGCAAAGCCCUUUAAACGAACCACGUCACGUCGCCUCGCCUGCUAAACGCCGAGACAUAUAACUCAUGUACGCAUAUCACGGAGUAAAGGAAGCAGAGGAAACGGCAUAAAUAAAGUGACGAGGCACGAAGCGUUCGCUGUUUGUCGUUGUUGCAGCGUUGAUUUUAUUUUCCCCCCAGUUCAGCAUGGUACCAAAGAGAAACAAAGAUGGUAGCUCGGAGUUUUUACGGUACGGUGCGAUGCAUAUUGCUCUUUUUACAAGU